AUGAUUGGAACACUUCUCCAGGAACAGCAGAGGAUACAAUCAAACCAGCACAAGCUAUUGCAGAUGGAAAUCCAAAAUCUCACUUAUUCAUUUAACAAGAGCACAAUUCUUCUUUCCAAUCUCCAAACACGUCAAGAGACAACCGUUGCGUUUACAGCGGGGGUCGGACCCGGUGAUAACAAAGUAUUUUCACCAGGACAAACUGUAAUAUUCAGACAGAUUAUCUACCAAGUGGGAGGUGGAUAUAACCCUUCAUCAGGAAUAUUCACCGCCCCGAAGACUGGACUCUACGUCAUAUUCUGUACUAAUGUGGCAGAAUAUCAUGAAACCUUCUGGACAAAAAUAAUGAUAAAUGGUUCAGCUAAGGCAGGAGUCAUGGCACUUCUUCGAUCAUCUAACGUAUACAUCUACCAAUCAGCCUCCAACCUUGUUGUCCACCUAUUACAGAUGGGAGACAGAGUCUGGAUACAAGUUCGCAGUGGUAAUCAUCUGUGUUCAGAUUCACCGGAAACAACUUUUUCUGUGGUCAUGAUCAAUGGAUCAUUCUAA